AUUUCAUUUCGAUUCAUUGUAUUUAAUUUACACUUGGUAGAAGAUAUAGCAUUGUUUUUGAUUCCAUUACAGGUUAAUGACAUCAGAAGAACCUAUUUCUUAUAAAAAAUAAAGAAUUUUUUACAUUCUUAUAAAUCAAAAACUCAGGCUAUUGAUCGUGAGAUAAGAAGUAGGUAAGCUGAGUGAAAUGCCUCUUUCCAUGAGAAUCUGUAUCGCACUUGAAACACCAAGAAAUAGUAAGAAAAAUAUAUUCAAGUUCAAAUGGAUCCAAAAUAUUGAUACGAAGAUGUAUUAUGAAAUACCAGCUGACAAACAGAAUCCAAGUGAUCAUUGUGCACUCUUUGCUGUUCAGAAAGUGAAGAAUAUUUUGAGUUCAAUAAAAACAACGGGAUCAUUCCGCGCAUGUGUUAUUCCACUUACUACUGAAUUAGAGCAACUAUAUUUCGAUGACGAUGGAGAUGUGAUUUCCAAAGAGGAGUAUUUACAGCUGACAUAUUCACCUGUAUAUGAAACAAAACCUGAGAAAGAACAGACAGUGCUUUCAGAAUUGCUGAAGAAGAUUAAAGAAAUGAAUAUUUCUGUUAGCAACAAGAAGGAUAUCAAGGAUAUAAAGGAUAACUUCGUUCUCAACAAUUUUGAUGGAAAAAAUGCAUCAGUUACGUCAUCGUUGGAGACCUUUGAGACUCAAUGCUCUCGAUGUGGAGUAGAAGCUGAUGCAGACAAAAUACUGACUCUACGUUUGUUUCUCGGAGGAACAGCUAAAGAAUGGUUUGCUUCUAAAUUAAUAGUAUUAGGUUAGAACAAUUCUUUUGCAACUUGGAAGAAGAAGUUUUUGGAUAGCUUCUGUGAAACGAGUUUAGAUGAAUUUAGGGAGGCAUAUUCAUUUAGAUACAUGGGUGGAAGUUUAGUUGAUUAUGUUUUUCAAAAGGUAAAUUUGUUGCUGAAUCGGAACAACCGACAUUUUGAUUGAUUUGAUUGCGAUAAAUUUGCCAAUUUUUGUUCAGGAUAGAAUUAAUAGAUCAGAGGUUAAGACUUUUGAGAAACUAAUUGGUGAAUUAAGAAAGUUGGAAAGUUUAGUCAAAAAUUACAGUAGUCGAAUUAACAAGAAUAAAAGCAUGAAGCAAAAUAAUGAACAAGUAUCUUUAAAAGGAGCAGAUGAAAAGAAACCAUGCUCAUUUUGUGAUAGGAAUGGUUUUCCUGGGCGACUACAUCCAGAAUCUUUAUGCCAUUUAAAAAUAAAAAAUAAUAAAAAGCAAGAGAUUGUGAAUGGUAUUAUAAGGACAGUGAA